AUGGCUGAUAUUUUCGAAGUAACUCAGCAAACCAUAAUUCGCUGGAAGAAACAAAAGUUCCCUUUCCGCAAGAGAAAACGCAAACCCAAGAGUUAUGGUAGCAUUCCUAACCUUCUAAAAUCCUACAUUUCUAAGAAUAAUACAACCACUCAAAAAGAGAUGGCAGAUUAUAUUGGUAAGGAGACGGGUCAAUCAAUAACCCAGCAAAAAAUUUCUCGAUUAUUAAAGAAAUUAGGUAUAACUCGUAAAAAGUUAACUUAUCAUUACAUCCAGUUAGAUGAGGAAAAAGCCAAGGCAUUCAAUGAGGAAAUCAAAACUUUAUUAGAUAAAUUCGCUUUUCUUGCCUUAGAUGAAUGCAGUUUUUACCUCAAAUUAGAUCCAAGAUUUGGUUAUUCUGUAACAAGCAAAAGAGCAGUUUCUAAAAGACCAAGUAGUAAGGGAAAGCAUUAUACUCUUUUAUUUGCUAUUAAGAUUAAUCCAAUUGGAAAUAAAAAGAAUAUUUUGCUAAUGGAUAAUGCUCGGAUUCAUCAUGCUCCAAAAAAGAGGGAAGAGGCAAAACUGCCAAGCACUGAGGGGCAGAUGCUUAAAAAGAAUAUUGAGGUGAGAUUUAUUACUGUUUAUGCUCCGAUGCUCAAUCCUACGGAGUUAGUUUUUAAUCUGCUAAGGCAACAGACAGAAAAGCAGAGACCGAGGAAUUAUGAAGAGAUGAAACGGGCAAUUGAGAAAGUUGUAGAACUAUUGAAUAAACAAGACCUCUCGAAAUAUUUUUGA